AUGUAAGACUAAUUCUUCUUUAUGUAAAUCAGAUGGUUAAGGUUGUAUAUUAGCUUCAACAUCUUGUGUAGCAUAAAAUGGAUAUCUAGCUUUUUGUUAAUAGGCAUUAGAUACUAAUAAUAAAUCAACUUGUGCCAAAGGUACGUUAGUACAAUUGACGCCUCCUGUACAAAGUUAACUUGUGAAUUGAAUGUUACUGAAACUACUGAUUCAGAAUGCUCAUCAUUCCAUCCUGAUUGUUUGAAUAAAGGAUUUGGUUGUAUACAUAAAUCAGAAGUAUGUUCCUCUUAUUAUCAUACAAUAGAACUAUGUUGGAAAUUUACAAGUAAUGGAGUGUAAUGCUUUGCUGAUUUUGGAAGUCUUAAAGCAGCUUGCAGAAGUAGAUCAUGCACAGAUUUGGCAACAGCUACUAGUGACAGCUAAUGUGUAAAUUUCUUAACUGGAUGUCUAUUCAGUGGAGUUGGAUGUGUUAGUGAAAGUGCAGCAUAUAGUGCAUCUAAGGGAACCUAAUCAACUUGUUCAGGAUUUAAGGGAAGUAAUGGUACCAAGUAUUGUUGGGGAGCUAGUACAAUAGCUUCAGGAAAUUGUGCAGAUAGAAAAUGCUCAAAUAAAGUAGGCACAACAGAUGCUGAAUGUUAGACUUUUUUACCAUCUAUUGCUCCAGCAACUGCAUAAUUAUGUAUUACUGAUGGUAAAACUUGCCCUUGAUAUUGGAAAAGCAUGUUCAUUCUUUAAAGGAAAUGAUGAAACAUGUUUAUAAUUCACAGCUUCUGAUGGUCCAUGUAAAGCAAGUUCAGAUUCAGCAUCUCCUGUUACUUGUACUCCUAGAGUAUGUUAUGAAGCUUGAAACACAUAUAAAACAGAUGAUUAAUAUUCCAAAUAUCAUCCAAAUUGUAAAGCAACUUGUAGAGGAUGCAAGAGUAGUAUGGAUGUGAAGAAUUAACAUCCUAAACUUCAUGUAGAGCAAAUACCUCCAUAAGCAGGAUAAUGUAGAAAUUUACCAACUACAUUUGGUGGAUUAACUACUUAAAGUCAAACAAUUUGUGUGAAUAAUACAUUGUCAACUAGAAAGAGAUGUGCUUGGUUUAUUGGUGCUUCUACCAGUGGUUGCAGAGAUUUUACAUGUACAGAUUAUGAUGGAUCUAUUUCAACUCUAAAAGAUUGUUAAGAUAAAGAAACCACAUGUAUUACUAGUGGAACUGGUUGUAUAACUCUAGGACUAUGUUCAUCAUAUAGAUUAAAUCUGUUUGUGAAUCUGCUAAUUCAGAUGAAUUAUCUUUAAGAUGUACAUGGAAUUCUACAACAGUAGCUUGUAGAUAAUGAUAAUGUGCAGAUGGAGUAUUUACUACUGAUGAUGCAUUUAAUAUUUGGUUUACUGGAUGUAAAACCUCAGAAAGUGCUUGUUUUAGACCAAACUUUGGAUGUGAUGUAUAUAAUAGCAAUCCUAAACUCUGUUUAAAGAACAGUGCUGGAAAUCCAUGUUUAUAUUUUGAUGGUGUUUGCUACGAUUAUGAUAAUUGCACAGAUGUUACUUCUUCAACAUAUACAUUUUGCUAAGCCUUCUCUAAAUAAUGUGUUCCAACAACUACAACUUGUAGAGCUAUUACUUUGUGUGAUAAAUAUGAAGAUAUCUUUUCAUGUACAAUAGGUAUUAAUAAUACUCAAUGUGGAUGGUUAUCAGAAAGCACAUGUAAAGAAUAUACAGCAUAUAGUGAUGCAUAAGGUGCUACAUAAUCAGGAUGUACUAGUUGGGAUCCAAAUUGUGUUUCAGAUGGAACCAAAUGUAUUGAUAAAGGAACUUGUUCUUCAUAUUUAACCCCUUCAGCUUUUGAUAAUGAAGGUGCUGAUGGACUUUGUUAGUGGACCGGAACAGCCUGUAGAUUGA